ACCAACUUUCCUGUUUUUAAAGUAGGAGGAGCUGUGUGCAUAAAUAUAAGAAGCACAGUAUGAGCAUCACAGGAAGCGCAGCCAGCAGAAAAACAAUCCAACCGGCGAGAUGGCUCCAGUGUUGGUGUUACUCAUGGCGGCUCUUGUAGCUGCGGAGUCUGACAGUGCCUCUGUUUCUGUGGUUCACUGUGAUACCUCCACUUAUUGUCCUGAUGGAACAACAUGCUGUCUGAAUCCUUACGGGUCCUGGGGCUGCUGUCCAUACCUGAUGGGCCAGUGCUGCAGAGAUGGACUUCAUUGCUGUCCUCACGGUUAUUUGUGUGAUUCGACAUCGACCCAUUGUCAGGUCGCGUGGUUGAGACUGUCAUCUUCUCCCAGACUGGCCUUAAAAGCUAUCCAGAAAACUCAGCCUGUGCUUUUCAAGCAGAAGAGCCAGACUGAGAAGGUUCAUUGUGAUGGAGAUGUCUACUGCCCAGCUGAACAGUUCUGCUGCAAGACAUCAUCUGGCCAGUGGGGCUGCUGCAGCGGUUUGGUGCUGUAAAUAAACAACCCCCGUGACCUGAAUAAACCUCUCAAUAAAAACUGCCAAAAAAAGGGGAAGAGGCUUGAAAAUGUCAGGAAAUUGUACUUAAUACAAAAUAAAAUGCAUCAAUCGUA